GUCUGCUCCAGACCUGUAAACUGAUUAGGUUAUGACGUACGGGAAUAGAGAUCAUAAUACUUUUUGUUAUAAUAUUAUGUGAUUUAUAUUCAAAAUUUCUAUUUGGAACAGUUAAAGUCAUUUUUACCGUCCGUUAAGAAAUCGAAGCAUUGUUUCGUUGAAUGAUAACUCAGAAUGGUAGACCGAGGAGUCUACACUUUGCGAGGUUGGCUUGCGUUUGUGUCAUUUUUAGAUUUUGCUCAAGCUCUUCGUUCUUGGUUUGACAAGGAUGUUUUCUUGGGGUCUUAUUACAAAAACUACAAUACUUCAACUAACAUUACAGACCUUGAAAAUCUACCUCUACCAUCCUCAAGUGCAAGACUCUUGAUAGCUUACUCCAUUCAAAAUGGAAGCAUUCUUUUACUUAGUGCCUUUUGCAUUCACCACUGGUCGAUGGCAGUAAUGGCAAUGUUUUCCCUUUUAUUGAAAAUUGUGUACCUGAUGCUGGAAGCAUUGAAGUUUAAGAGUACUCCAUUCAAUUUUCAUAUUAUUUUCCCUGUUAUAGUAGAUGGCAUUACAUUUAUUGCACUAACCUUUUCACCAAAAUUGCUAAAGAAAGAGGUAUUAAAUGACCAAGAAAAUGAAGAAAUCUUGAAACUUUGCAACGGGAAACCAAUCUACUUGCCGCCAAAGAAGAAGAAACACAACUGAAGCGCUGAAUGUUAAAUUUGAUUUUUAAAAAACUUAUCUAGUCAAUACAAAGGACGUCAUGGCCAUCAGAUGUUAAGUAAACCACUGUUUGUUCAAUUACCGUUUUAUUUAAGAUGUUUGAAUUGCAAUAGAAUAACUUCAAACGAUGUAUUUUUUAUUUUUUUUUUACCUUCGCGCUGACUCGAGUACAACAGAGGUGAGGGGUUUCGGUCGAGCGGAGAGGGAUGUCAAAACAAAGAAAAAAGUCACAGACCACUUUUGCGAAUUGGAGAGCACCGAUAAGUAAAUAUGUAUAGCUGACACUAAAGUCGAAAGGAAAAAAAAAUUUAGAUAGCUAAUAAAACCACAACACAAAUACCAGUUGAAGUACAUAAAAAAAUGUCUUCAGGGCGAUAGGGAUUGACACGCACGCGAAACAAGUGUUUCCAAACUUACGGAAACAAGAAUCAAAUAAAAAGUGGAAAAAUGAAUAAAUAAAUAAUACAGGUGUGUUUUUAGCAGCAGCAGAAGUGACCCGAUUAUCACAUAGCAGCUGGUGUUUUUCCCUAUAGCCCCUCUAAUAACGCAUUUGACAUUAUCCAUCGGGGAAAAGGAAGAACGCAACAAAGUAUAUAAUUAUAAAUUGAACAAGAAAUGAUAAAAAGUCAUGAUUGCGAAGGUUUUGAGGGGGCUACAACCGGCGAAUGGAAUAGAGUCGGCCCAAACGAAACAAGCUCAAUGGUUAC